AAAAGUGAAGUUUUCAUCGCAAGCACAAUGACGAGAAAGAUCUGCAGGUCCAAAUUGUCGGUGAAAAAAGAUACAUUCUUCAAGGCACGAGCCAAGACUGUUCUCAAGAAAGCGUACGAACUCUCGCAGCUGUGCGGCGUCAAUUUGUGCGUCAUCUGCUACGACUGCGAAGGGAACCUCGUGAACACGUGGCCAGAAAACGACGAAGCGCAGGUCAAGGCCACGGCCGAGCGGUUCAGCAGGUUAAGCGAGAAAGAAAGGAACAAGAAAAGCACCAACCUUUCGCGGUUUCUAAACAAGAAGAUGAUGGAUGAGAAGAAGGCAUCUCUCAAAGCCAACGACGAUAAAUUCUCCAAGAAAGUGUUCGUCUUUGAGGAUUCCUUGCAGAGUCGCUUAGGGUUAUUCCAAGAAAAGAUCUCCGAGUUGGUUGAUGAUGAUCACGGCGUUGUUGUUUCAAAGGAUCUAGCUUCUGAUGAUCCCUCACUAAUUAAUGUGGAUCAAUAUCAACCAAUCUUGAUGAAUCAUCUGAGAACCACCGAGAGCCCUGCUGAUUUACCCACCACGUUGUUGGAUCAUCCGAGCAACUUCUCAAUCUUGCUGUUUAACCAUGACAAUGGCACUUUCACUCAGUUGGCCAAUUCCUCUGCUCUUCCUCCUAGCUUUGAGCAACCGAUGAUUCCGUUUAAUCAAGAUUAUGGUACUAAUUACUUGGAUCUGUUACUUGGGGAACAAGACAUGAGAAGCUGCUACAACUUUGAUCUUCCCAUUCCUCCUCCUAUGAUGCACACUCAAACCUCAAUGUUUCAGGGGAUUCCAUACAAUCAGAUGCAAUUUUCUUCUGGUUAUCCAACAAUGAUGUUCUCUUAGGUCUC